AUGGACUCGCAACAGCUCGUCGACACCGCCUCGCAGAACAGCCAGGACAUAGUCCUGCCGAAACCCGCGAGCAGUACGCCCAGACACAGCAUCGACGCUAUCCUCGGACUGGCUAAUAACAAAAGAGGUCAUCAAGAAAUGGAGGAUAACGCUCGGGACACGCAGGAGAACACCGGUGAGAACAGCUGCAACUCCACCGGUGGCGGUAGCGACGAGGAACUCGGGGCAGGCUGCGGGGACGAUUUAAACGGGAACGGCGGGAAGAAGAAGCAUCGCCGGAACAGGACGACCUUCACCACCUACCAGCUGCACGAGCUCGAGAGGGCCUUCGAGAAGUCUCAUUAUCCGGACGUGUACUCCAGGGAGGAACUCGCCAUGAAAGUCAAUCUUCCGGAAGUGCGAGUCCAGGUGUGGUUUCAGAACAGACGGGCAAAAUGGCGCAGACAGGAGAAAAUGGAAGCCGCGAGACUUGGACUGAGCGAGUACCACCACGCCGCCAAUAUGAGAAACGUGGCCGGACCGGCUCUCGGCUUACCAGGGGACCCUUGGCUCACUCCUCCGGGCCUGUUAAGCGCUCUACCCGGCUUCCUCGCUGCACCUCACUCGGGAUAUCCCAGUUAUUUAACGUCCCCGAGACGACUGCCGUCGCCACCGAAUGUCGCCGCCGUUGGAAACGCCGUGCCCGGAACCCUGACAGCGGGGAUGACCAGCAUAGGUAACGGCGGGCACGUCGCGACGGCGCCGCCGAGCCCACCCGGCCACGAUCCACGCACGACCAGCAUCCAGGCGCUGAGAAUGCGGGCCAAGGAACACGUCGAGAGCAUCACCAAAGGGUUGCAAAUGGUCUGA